AUGCCAGCCAUCGCCGUGCUGGCCGCGGCCGCCGCGGCGUGCUGCUUCCUGCAAGUCGAGAGCCGGCACCUGGACGCGUUCGCUCGAGGCGCGGGCCUCAACAACGGCAAUUUCCUAGACAAUGACCAGUGGCUGAGCACCGUCUCCCAGUACGACAGGGACAAGUACUGGAACCGCUUCCGAGACGAAGUUGAGGAUGAUUAUUUCAGAAACUGGAAUCCCAACAAGCCCUUUGACCAAGCCCUGGAUCCAUCCAAGGACCCCUGCCUGAAGGUGAAGUGCAGCCCUCACAAAGUAUGUGUGACCCAGGACUACCAGACAGCCCUCUGUGUCAGCCGCAAGCACCUGAUGCCCAGGCAAAAGAAGGGGAAUAUAGUGCACAAGCACUGGGUUGGACCUUCGAAUUUGGUCAAGUGCAAGCCAUGCCCCACAGCACAGUCAGCCAUGGUCUGCGGCUCUGAUGGUCACACCUACACAUCCAAGUGCAAGUUGGAGUUCCAUGCUUGUUCUACUAGCAAAAGCCUCACCACUCUCUGUGAUGGGCCCUGUCCUUGUAUCCCGGAACCUGAGCCACCCAAACACAAGGCAGAAAAGAAUGCCUGCACAGACAAGGAGUUGAGGAACCUUGCUUCCCGGCUGAAAGACUGGUUUGGAGCUCUUCAUGAGGAUGCAAACAGGGUCAUCAAACCCACCAGCUCUGACACAGCCCAAGGCAGGUUUGACACCAGCAUCCUGCCCAUCUGCAAGGACUCCCUGGGCUGGAUGUUCAACAAGUUGGACAUGAACUACGACCUCCUACUGGACCACUCAGAGAUCAAUGCAAUUUACCUGGAUAAAUAUGAGCCCUGCAUCAAGCCUCUCUUCAACUCUUGUGACUCCUUCAAGGAUGGCAAGCUCUCUAACAAUGAGUGGUGCUAUUGCUUUCAGAAACCUGGAGGUCUCCCCUGCCAGAAUGAAAUGAACAGAAUUCAAAAGCUGAGCAAGGGGAAAAGCCUGUUGGGGGCUUUCAUACCUCGGUGUAAUGAAGAGGGCUAUUACAAAGCUACUCAGUGCCAUGGCAGCACAGGGCAGUGCUGGUGUGUGGAUAAAUAUGGGAACGAGCUGGCUGGCUCCAGGAAACAGGGUGCUGUGAGCUGUGAAGAGGAGCAGGAAACCUCAGGGGAUUUUGGCAGUGGUGGCUCUGUGGUCCUCCUGGAUGACCUAGAGGAUGAACAGGAGCUGGGACCAAAGGGCAAAGAGGGGAAGCUGAAGGUGCACACUCGGUCUGUGACAGAGGAUGACGAGGAUGAGGAUGAUGACAAAGAUGACGAGGUCGGGUACAUAUGGUAGUGCCCACAAGGAAGAGGACACACAUUUUGCACACAAUUGCAAGUCACUUCCUAUUCCUACAUUUGUAUCUAAGACUCCAAGGCACCAACGUCUCUUCUCCAUUGUUGCUCUCUGUACCCAACUGAAGGUUUGGAAGACAACUGCUUGUCCCAGAGUACUUCUGAUUUUGCAUAGGGUUGUGUGGGAGAAAGGGUGUUGUUUUGGGUUAUUUUCUAUUUGUUAUUUUUUGGACAAGAGAAUGGCUGGUUUAAAUAGACCCUCCUUCUUCCUGUGAGAGUUUUGCAAAAAGCAUGUGAUUUAUGUGGAAUCCAACAGUGCAGGGAGCCCCCACCCUUGUAAACGUCAAAGACCCUUUCCGAUUACCCACAUUGGUGGUUAUUACAGCAUGGUUCCCAGCCUUACAGUGUCUAAGUGCUUUUCUUGUGUCCUGUAGAUGUUGUGGAAAACACACCACACUGUACCUUUUCCUCCUGCCCCAACCACCCCUGGUGUUUAUUAUUAAAAAUUAAUUUUCAUAUCACUAUAUCUGGCUUCCUAUAAAUAACAGCCUUAAUUCAGUCCCUUUGGGGAAUUCACUUAUUUUAAAAAAUCAGUGUUUGGAUGCUUCUUUCUGCACAUGCCAAGUAUGUACAUAUGUACAAAAGAGACAGUGUGCAUUGCCUCAAACAUACAUUUUUCAAAAAAAAAAGUGUCUGGCUAUCUAUUAAAAAUUCAUUUUGAAAAAUAAUUUCAAAUUUGUCAGCUUUUCCAGACCUGGAAUACAAUAUCUGAAAUAAGGAAUUUGUAUGAAAGUCCCAUUUUGUACUAACAGUUGGCACUUGUAGCCUGCAGGCUGAGGAGGUUUCUUCUCUAUGCAUUAGCAGUUACUGGAAGCUUCUUUGCUUUGGAUAAGCCUCCGUUUGCCUAAAUCAUUUUUCUCACAGAAGCCAUGUGAUUCCCGCUUGGGCAGCUUCACAAGCCAUUGCUCUCAUUUCAGCUUGAAGCUCCACAGGCUGCAGCAGCCCUGUCUGCACAGGGUCCUCCCUUCCCUACCUACUCAAGGGCUUUUUGUAAGGCAUGUGUGCACCCACCUGGUUCUCUGAGAAGACAGUACCAUGGUAUUCUUUAGAAUACAAGUUGGGAUUCUCAAUGUUUUGAUUUUGGCUCCUUUUUACCCACAAAUCACAAUAAGGAUAUAAAAGCUGUGUAGAUUUUUUAAAAACUCACCUAUACUUU